AUGAAUGUUCGUCUGCACAGUUACCGCUUCAGCUUCUGCUGCGAUACGGAAUUCCUGUCCACGCUGGAGCACUAUCAGCUAACAGUACCAGUGCGGGUGAAUGAGAGGGGCCAGUUCAUGAGUUACACUGUGAAGCAUUACAGGCCCGGUCGGCGGCGACGUGGACUGGACCAGGCUGAGCUGGACCACACUGAGACCAGGCUUUUUUACAAACUCUCAGCCUACGGCAAGCACUUUCACCUGAACCUGACACUCAACCCCAUCCUGGUUUCUAAACAUUUCACGGUAGAGUACUGGGGCAAAGACGGACUAGACUGGCAGCAUUCAGUGGUCGAUAACUGCCACUAUGUUGGAUACCUACUGGAUCAAUAUAGCACUACAAAAGUGGCAUUGAGCAACUGCAAAGGCUUGGUGAGUACAUCCGUAUUUGAAAGUCUUCAUGCUUUCGGGUGUAUGAGAGGGUAUGACAUCUGCACCUAUAAGAACAAACCCUGCGGUACUCUCGGUUUGGCGUCCGUAGCCGGAAUGUGUGAGCCAGAGAGGAGCUGCAGUAUUAAUGAAGAUAUAGGCCUUGGUUCAGCCUUCACUAUUGCACAUGAGAUUGGACACAAUUUCGGCAUGAACCACGAUGGGAUCGGGAACUCCUGUGGGACCAAAGGUCAUGAGACAGCCAAGCUGAUGGCGGCCCAUAUCACAGCCAACACCAACCCCUUCUCCUGGUCAGCCUGCAGCAAGGACUAUAUCACCAGCUUUUUGGACUCAGGUCGGGGAACAUGUCUGGACAAUGAGCCUCUGAAACGAGACUUCCUGUACCCCACUGUGGCUCCAGGGCAGGUGUACGAUGCAGAUGAGCAGUGUUGUUUCCAGUACGGUGCCUCCUCCCGUCAGUGCAAAUAUGGGGAAGUGUGUAGAGAGCUCUGGUGCCUUAGCAAAAGUAACCGCUGUGUCACCAACAGUAUCCCCGCAGCAGAAGGAACCCUGUGCCAGACCAGCACCAUUGAAAAGGGGUGGUGCUAUCAAGGUGAAUGUGUGGCAUUUGGGACGUGGCCGCAGAGCGUGGAUGGAAGCUGGGGACCUUGGACCACAUGGGGCGAGUGCAGUCGUACCUGCGGCGGCGGCGUCUCCUCUUCCAUGCGACACUGUGACAGCCCAGCGCCGACAGGCGGAGGGAAGUACUGCCUCGGAGAGAGGAAGCGCUACAGAUCGUGUAACACUGACGCUUGUCCAGCAGGAUCACGUGACUUUAGGGAGAAGCAGUGCGCCGAUUUUGACAACAUGCCUUUCCGUGGGAAGUACUACAACUGGAAGCCGUACACUGGAGGUGGAGUGAAACCGUGUGCGUUGAACUGUCUGGCUGAGGGCUACAACUUCUACACCGAACGUUCGCCUGCCGUCAUCGACGGCACGCGCUGCCAGGCCGACUCGCUGGACAUAUGCAUCAAUGGAGAGUGCAAGCAUGUUGGCUGUGAUAACAUCCUGGGCUCGGAUGCCAAGGAGGACAGAUGCCGUGUCUGCGGAGGGGACGGCAGUACGUGUGAGGUCACCGAAGGACUGUUCAAUGAUUCGCUGCCCAGAGGAGGUUAUAUGGAGGUUGUCCAGAUACCAAAAGGAUCGGUUCAUAUUGAAAUCAGGGAAGUGGCCGUGUCAAAAAACUACAUCGCUUUGAAAUCGGAGGAGGAUGACUAUUACAUCAACGGAGCCUGGACCAUCGACUGGCCCCGCAAAUUUGACAUCGCAGGAACAGCCUUCCAUUACAAGAGGCUGACUGAUGAACCCGAGUCGCUUGAAGCUUUAGGGGCCACCAUUGAAAAUUUGGUGGUUAUGGUGCUACUACAGGAACAGAACUUGGGCAUCCACUACAAGUUCAAUGUGCCGAUCCAGCGUACAGGAAGUGGGGACAAUGAAGUGGGCUUCUCCUGGCACCAUCUGCCCUGGUCUGAGUGCUCAGCAACAUGCGCAGGAGGCUCGCAGAAGCAGGAGGUGGUGUGUAAAAGACUGGACGACGGUUCUGUGGUCCAAAACAGCUACUGCGACCCAGACGGCAAACCGCCAGGGAACCAGCGACCUUGCAACACCGAGCCAUGUCCUCCGGAGUGGUUUAUCGGUGUCUGGUCAGAAUGUGGGAAGACCUGUGACGGAGGCGUCCGAACACGCAUUGUUUUGUGUAUCCGUAAAAUCGGACCCGCCGAGGAGGAGACCCUGGAGGACAACCACUGUCUGACCCAUCGGCCAAUAGAACAAGAGUCCUGCAACAAUCAGUCCUGUCCACCCCAGUGGGUGAUGCUGGACUGGUCUGAGUGUACCCCAAAGUGUGGCCCUGGCUUCAAGCACCGCAUAGUUCUAUGUAAAAGUAGCGACCUGACCAAAACCUUCCCACCAGCCCUCUGUUCUGACCACAACAAACCCCCAGUCCGUAUUCGCUGCAGCCUUGGUCGCUGUCCGCCGCCACGCUGGAUCCCUGGAGAAUGGGGACAGUGCUCUGCUCAAUGUGGACUAGGGCAGCAGAUGCGGAUGGUUCAGUGUCUUUCAUAUACGGGACAGCCCUCCACCGAAUGUCCAGAGUCACUACAGCCAAACACCAUGCAGCAGUGUGAAAGCAAAUGUGACGCUACACCCAUCUCCGGUGGCGACGAGUGCAAAGAUGUAAAUAAGGUGGCAUAUUGCCCAUUGGUGCUGAAGUUCAAGUUCUGCAGCCGUGCGUACUUCAGACAGAUGUGCUGCAAGACGUGCCAAGGACACUGACCCCAUGGAGAGAAGCAGAGACAGAUGCUGCAACGAGGAAAGAGAGAGAAAACUGGCAGAGAGAAAAGUCAAUGCUGGGCACAGAAGAAAGAAGCCUCUUUCUCGCUAAUCAACACACACACAACUGCUUUUAGCCCUGUGGAACCCAAACCACUGCUCAGCACUGCGCUGACACCUGUUUUAUUUUCACUUCUGUGAAGUGGGAAUGUAUAAAAUGAUCAUUA